CUUUUAAACGCGACCAUGACCACGCGCGCAAUUCCCGGCGCCCUGGAUCCCCUCAGUUCGUCCUCGCUGAACAAGCUCCACGAGACCCAGCCGCCGACGAAGAAACGCAAGAUCGGAACCGACAUUGCUGCGGGUCAGCUCUCUACAACUUCGAUUGUGAUUCGGGCUCAUGCUGCGUCCUUAUCCGAUGAACCGCUAAUUCUCGAGCCAAUCUGUCUACUUCCCCGAUCUCGCUUCCCACUAUCAUGGCUUGAAGACGCGUCUUGGUCGCGCUCAGAGCCUGGUGGCCUUUUCGCCGCCGAUAUCCCCGCUCUUGAAAGAGACUUGCGGUCUUGUGCCGAGCCGACUGUGCUGGCGGUCCGAUUGGCCGCAAGUGGUGGACUUUACGUUGUUGAGCGUGUGAAACGUGGUAUAUAUUCUCUUUCAAGGCUUGCGCGAUGGGUGCAGGAAGGCGACGUCGUUGUCGCGGUCAAGGGAUGGAAAGGAUCCAGAGAUGUCGUCAUGGAUGUCGACGUCAGUGACAUUUCAUGCACUGCCCUGGAUGCCAUGAACUGGUGGCAGACUGCGCGAAUCGAGGAGCCAUCCUCUGAUCUGGGCCUGGGUGAGGAGUUUGCUGGGUUGCAGGUUGACGUUGUGUUUGGGUCGUCUGCUAUCGAUGAUACACAAGUGCAACCAUCUUUCGUCGACGUACUUGAAUAUCGGAGUCAAUCCCUUGCUCCAGCCGUGACUGGAGAUGAUUCCCAGAUGGAUGUUUCAUUUGGACUGGGUGAUUCCCAAGUCCUCGGGGCUGCAAGUGCUAUGGACGUUAAUCUUGCCCCGGAUACCAAACUGUCUCCGGACGAGCUACUCGAUGGGAUGCGAGAGCACUAUCUGCAAGCUCUAUAUAUCUCGAAGACAUCUCUGGCCUAUUUUGCCAAGGGACCAUUGACACGUUGCCGGACUGCUUUCCAACACUCAGAGCAUGAGCAGAUCCAGACGCCUACCCAACUGAUUGACUUUUACCGGGAGGCUGUCUUGCCUGCUAAGAAGAUGGACCUCAAGUACCGCGAGUCUCUCCCUGCGUCGGUCCGCGAAGCCGUGCUUGCUGUCUCCGACGAUGAGGGUGUUCUAGCCAAAAAGCGCAAAACUAAGAAGAAGAAACUAGGCAAGAAUGGUUUCUACCCCGAAGAGGAUGGAUUUGUCCGCAAAUGGUGGAAGGAUCGAAGCAUGGUGGAUGCCUCAACUCUAGAAGGCUCCCGUGACCCGGAGACGAAGAAGCAUAUCUCCGAUUUGCGACUGCGCGAAACCCAGUUGCAGAUCCUCCUGAUACUGGAAGUCAUGGCUCUAGAGUCCACUCCCAUUGAGAAAGACAAUCCUGACAAUGUCAAGCCAGCUGGCGAAGAGACAAACACACCCAAGAAGAGAACCAAGAAGCCUCAAGAUCUCAAUGUUCUUCUCGAAUUGCAUCUGGACCGGCUUUGUAUAUGGCAUGCUGUAAGCAUGGAGGAGUCGACCGCAGCUGACUCUGCAAAGGCCUCAUCAUUUACUGAUGGCCAUAUGUCCGGGAAGAAAAGUGAGAGUGACGCAGUGCGCGACUUUUGCACCGAAGUCAUCAUUCCCUUCUAUGUUUCACGACUGCCGGAUAAAUGCAAAUUGGUCACUCGCAAGUUCGGUGUUUCUGGGGGCAUCUCUCCGGCGGCUAAGAAGACCCAAUCAUCGAGCAAGUCACGCCGCCCAGAACCAGGGCCUGAUGGCAAGCGGGAAUCUCCAGUUCAAAAACCCAGACGAUCCUUACAGCGUGUUUUAACAGACGAAAAAGCCGCAGCGUCUCAGAUUCGCCAUCCAUCACUAAGUCGGUCCAAAACUGCCCCGACCCAGCAUGAUACAAAACGUGAUUCUUUGGAGCCAAUGCUGCCAACAGCCAUGAGCGGCAGUGUCCGUGGUGGUAUUCAGGUCAAGAGAGUGGAGAACCGCGAGAUUGAUCUUAACGCGGCUGCCAGACAACACGAGAGCAAGCUUCGUAAGGUGCAGAUGUUGGCUGAUCAGAAGAGGGAGCUUGAUAAUGCCAUCCAGACACUUCGCAAGCCGAACCGUGAAGUCGUUGCUAAAGACAUUGCCGAGGAUGCCUCCAAGCGAAUGUCUACAGGCGGAGGAAGUUCUCGCAAGCCAAAGAACCCGGUCCGAAAUCCACUUGGCGAGGGUGUGCAGGUCAUGGCUACACCUCGUGGUAAUCGCAGGAAGGAUGCAAUUGUCGGACUGCCCCGUUUACCGCGCAGUCUGGCGCCAUCGCGGUCUUUUGCAGGAGAGAUGGAGGACCACACUCUUGCCGAGUCCCCUGUCAUGAUUCCCUCAUCAACGCGACGGGCUAUCUCCUUCUCUGGCCCCGAUUCAACACCCUUUGGCUCUCAACGAGUGUCAAGGAAAAGGCAGCGCGAGCCACAAACACAGCUCACCGAACUAGGCUCAAUUCAAGAAACACCAUCACGACCUCCGUCUAAGUUACUGUUCGAUAGCCAAGGAACAGACCUAGCACAUCGACCGUCCAUGCCUUCCACGAAAGGCAAGGGCCUUUUCCGGGUGCCCGAUCUCCCUGCACCUCGUUCAAGCCACAAUGAUCCAUUCUCACAACCUCAACUCGUGGCACCGACUACACCUGUUUCCUCCCGUCGCAAAAGUAUAGCCAUGGCCCCCGACUCGUCACCAAAUCUUAGCAGAUCCCCACAAGGUCCAAGAUUCUCGAUGAUUACGGAGACGCCUCCCAAGCAGCAAGGCCCUAAUCCCAUGCUUGUACCUCGACCUGUGCCCUUGUUCGCCCCCAGCACAUCCCAAGCAUCCUCCUCCCCUGCGAUCCUGCGAUCACCUGCCAAGAGCGCUCCUCUUGUGCCGGUUACACCGGAAAAGGCACAGACAAAGUCUAUCUAUGAGCAGCUGGGUUGGGAUGAUGAUGAAAUGGAUAUGUGA